CUGCAAACAUACCCUGUCUCCAGGGCUUUGCUUAAGAAGGUUCAGUGAUAUCAUUCAUUCUUAGAAGAACCUCAGUUAUAGAGAUGCUUUAUGUUAUUUAAGAUGCAUAGAGCCUACCAGCCAAUUUUACCAUGUGGCAACAAAUAUCUUCAACAAAAAUGGGACAAAGCAAGCUAUGAAGAUCACAAGAAAAGGAUACAGACAGCCAAACCUGUAGUGGACACUACUCCUCCUCUAACAUAUGACCAUCUUCACUUGAAGUUAAAGAAAUUAAAGCUUGAGAAGGAGAGGCUUUCAAUCAUUGAAAGAGACAACCGUUUGCUGCUGGAGAAGAUGUCCUGCAUCAUGAGGAUGAAAGGCCGAAUUGAUAACAAAAAUUACUAUCAAGCCAAAAGUUUAAACAGGGAAAAGCGAGAGAGGGAACUACUGAGAGUGAGCCAAGAAAACCAUGCCAUUCUGGAUAGGAUUACAAAGUGUGAGCCUCAGUAUCAAAUUCAGACGUGGCAGGAAGACUGGCAAAGGGUGGAAAAAUACAUGAACAACAUUUCAAGAUAUCCUCGUGGAUGUUGUAAACUGCAGAAUCAAAAGGAACAAAAACUAAACAAGAACUCGCCAAAACAAGAGACAGAAAAAAAGAGAUGAACAAGUGAAUGAUGAACACAUGAAAAGCAAGAUAAAGGAGGGGAAAAAAGGAGACAUCCAAAGUGAAGAAGAAAAAGAUCAUCAAGGGAGAGAGACUGUUUCUAAAACAGUCUAAUUCCAACCAGUCCCCUAUGAAUGCAAUUCAAGCAAUUUCCAGAACAACCUGAGAUGGGGUGUGUGUUGGGGGAGAGACAGCUGCAAAAGCUUACAUAGAUACUAUCAUUUUAAGUAAGUUACAGUAAGUGUAGAUAUUAGAUACAUGUUGGCUUUAUUAACAUAUAACUUUUAUAGUUGCCAGCAAAACUAUAACUCUGCAUAGCGUUUCAUGAAUACAACUGAAGUGGGAGCAAAGCUGGAGCAAUGAAUUGACUUUAUCACAAAUAAUUAAUCCAGCUGAUUAAUCUGCUUGUUAAAUAAUUAUAUUUAAUUCUCACAUCAGUGUCCGUCACAGAUUUGCCAGUGAAAGAUGACCUGGAUGACAGCAAAUAAGUAGUUUAGAACAGAGGAUUAUUAAAGGUGUUCAUAGGCUAUAACCCCUCUUAAUAGAGAGAUAGCUCGGUGGACCACCUCCCUCCCUUAUUCUUGGUCUCAUAUCAGCUACAGACAGCAAUUGUAUACAUGGAGAAGUAAUAGUAAUAAUACAUUAAAUAUUUUCAUAGCUUCUUUUCAUGGAAUUUAGAAGCUGGAAAAAAGACGGAGAACCAACAUCCUGUGAUCAGCCAACUAGAGAUCUGAACAACGAGUCGACUAGUUGCUUCCUCCCCACCCUUGCUGCCUCUAUCAGAAAGAGGCAGCAAGGAAGGGGGAGGGGGCGAGAGAGAGGAGGGAGUGCUUCAAUGCGCCAGCACUGCGUGGAGCCUGGGGCCAGAUCCCAAGCUCCACGUGGUGCUGCCACUUUGAAAUGCCGCAUGUAGCCCAAGGCCAGCUGAGGACUCCCACACUGACCCUGGGCUCCACAUGGCUGCAUAGAGCCUGAUGCUGGGCUCCCUGCAGCGUUUCAAAGUGGCAGCACUGCAUGGAGCCCAGGGUCAGCUGGGGACUCUAAGUCCCCAUGCAGUGCUGCCACUUUGAAAUGCAGUGGGGAGGACGGGGUCAGCGGGGGGACUUCUUGAGUCUGGAGCUGUUGCUACACUUCAAAGACGGAAGCACCCUUACUGACUAAUCAAAAUUUUACAUCCCUACAGCCAACUAGUGCUUAAUGUGUGCCAGGGCUUGUGAGAGCUGAGCCCAGCACCUCUAAGCAUGACAGUUCAUAACUCCAGCACCUCUUGUGGCAUCAGUUGUGAAAGUAAAAAAAUUGCUUGAACACCAGCACCUCUUUCAUUACCAGUUAAGCACUGGAGUCAGCUCUCUGUGUACCAUUACAACAUGCUCUACAAGCCACCACUAGUCCACAGCCCAUACGAUGAGAAUUCCUGGUCUAAGGUGCAUCCCCCUGCCUUUUAAAGAAAAAUGUGAUGAUACUUCAUGGAAAACACCUACUGAAUCCACAAAAUAGUCGAAGCAUACAAAGCCAGUCAAGUGAAACUUCAUUCCUCUUGGAGAACAUAACAUUCGAAGCCAAAUAACAUGAUGUAUUAAGAAGUACUGGCUUUUGUUUAGUUGGAAAUAAAAACUAAAACAUGGCUUCAUGACUCAUCUGAACUGGCAGUCAUGGAAGCUGGCUACUUUUUU